UUCGUAACAAACCAAAAAAAGCCAACCAAGCCAUAAGCGCUCUCAAAGAGCCCCCAGCGCGCGAGGUCCUCCGACCUCCGCCGCACAUCCCCACACCCACAACUCCCGGGGCGGUGGCUGCGCCCAUGUCUGAACCCCACCUGCCGCCUCCUCCUCCACCGCUCUACAAGCAGCGGUCGUGGUCCCCGGACGCAUACCGCGACGAGGCAUGGCACCGCCGCAAGAAAAUCAACGGCAGAUCGAACCUCCAGCGGAGCAAAAGCGUCACUGACGAAGACCUCGACGAGUUGAAAGCCUGCAUCGAGCUAGGGUUCGGGUUUGACUCGCCCGAGUCGGAUAAGCGACUCGCUGACACUUUUCCCGCGUUGGGACUUUACUACGCGGUUAACAAGAAGUACUGUGACUCGGUUUCUAAUAAGUCUACGGCGACUACAACGACGUCGUUUUCCCCGACGCCGUCCGAGUGCGACUCGGCGACCUCCCCCAUCGGCAGCCCCCAUACCAUUAUCGGACCAGGAGAUACGCCGCAGACGGUGAAGACGCGGCUGAGGCAGUGGGGCCCAGGUGGUUGCUUGCACGGUGAGACAGGGUUCGUGAGGUGAUCAAUGUAACCAAACCAGAGUUAAGAUUGUAACCAAAACAUCAACGUCAAACUUUGUCAAUGAUUGUUGUUUAUGGUUCCAAUUUCCCCCCACCCCACCGCCACCGACUUUGCUUGCAUGGAUUAAAAAUAAGGCCAAAUGGGAUUAAUUGUCACACAAUCUUUCUAAUACACUAUAUCCACGGAAUCAUUAAUCUGAUUUGGCCUAAAAAUAAUAACGGGAGGGAUUAAAAUUUUGAAAAGCAGUUGUUUAUGUGAACCAACUUGUACUAGGAUGGAUUGACUUUUUGCUUUUGGUUUUUCUUUGGUUGGUAAUCUGGCAAUGCUCUCAUUCUAUUUGUCUUCUCUUUUUUUUUUCUUCUCAUUUAGUUGAAUGAAUUAAUUAGUCUGUUUGUCUGACUGUUUAUGUCCGAAACUUUGAUUCUGUAAUUUGAAUGUAACAAAUUAUAAUAUACAAAGCACUACAACAUGAUGCCUUCUUUU